UCCAUUUCCUCUCCCUCAACCCUAACAAACCCUCCGCCUCCGAAAUGAAAUCCCUCUUCCGCACAAUCUCCCCCCACCGCCGCCAUCACCGCACCUUCUCCGAAACCCCCGAAGAAACCUACAAAUUCGUCAGAGACAGAGGCCUCGACCACGCCGUCGAGCGCGAGAAGAAUCUCAAACCCCUCCUCAACAUCAAAUCCCUAAUCACAUCAGAACCAACCAAAUCCCUCCCGAUCUCCGUCAUCGCAUCCCAAAGAGACUCCCUCCGGAUCCCCCUCCGCCCAAUCGAAUUCAUCAGAGCCUUCCCUUCCGUCUUCCACGAGUCCCUCCCCGGAGGCAUCCAGCCUCACAUCUCCCUAACGCCGGAGACUCUCAACCUCGACGCCGAGGAGGAGUUGGUCUACGGGAGCGAGUCUUAUAAACAGGGGUUAGCUGAUAGGUUGCUGAAACUCUUAAUGAUCAAUAGAAUCAAUAAGAUUCCGUUGGAGAUUCUUGAUUUGUUGAAAUGGGAUUUAGGUUUGCCCAAGGGUUACGUUGAGUCGGUUGUUCCGGAGUUCCCUGAUUAUUUUAGAGUUGUUAGAAGCAAGUUGAGAGGGUUUAGUAGUAGGGGAGAGCUUGAGCUUGUUUGUUGGAGUAAGGAGCAUUCUGUGUCUGUGUUAGAGAAGAAGGAGAAAGGGUAUAGUAGAGGCGCUCCGAUUGCGUUUCCGAUGAAAUUCUCUAACGGAUUUGUUGUUGAUAAGAAGAUGAAGAGAUGGAUUGAUGAUUGGCAGAAGCUGCCGUAUCUUUCUCCCUAUGAGAAUAUGCUUCAUUUGUCCGCGACGAGUGAUGAGUCUGAUAAGUGGGCGGCUGGUGUUUUGCAUGAGGUUUUGAAUCUUUUUGUGUCGAGGAAGGUUGAGAAAGAUUUGGUUUUGCAUCUUGGGGAGUUUAUGGGGUUGAGGUCGAGGUUUAAGAGGGUUUUGCAUAACCUUCCUGGUGUUUUUUACUUGUCGAGUAAGCUUAGGACUCAUACUGUUGUGCUUAGGGAUGCUUAUAAGAGGGGGGUGUUGGUGGAGAGUGAUCAGUUGGUGACGUGCCGGAACCGUUAUAUGAAGCUUAUGAGUAAGGCUAAGAAGGAGAACAAUGUUGUGUCUAGCAGGAAGAGAGAAGAUAAGGGGGAGGUGGAAGGAGAAGUUUGUGAGAGUGAUGCAAAGGGUGAGAAUGAUGAUGUUUCUGGUUCUGAAGUGGAGGAUGAUGUUGAUGAGGAAGAGGAGGAUGAUGAUGGUGAUGAUGAACUUGAAGUUGAGCAAGACCAGAGUCUGAAGCGUGGUCGUAGAAACUCAAGUCCUAGAGGUGGUAGGAGGAGUUUUGGGAGUUUAGGUUCGCAGGAGAAGCCGCAUACAAGGUCAAGAGCAGGUAGGAGGAGUUUUGGGAAAUCAGGUUCACAGGAGAAGCCACGAUCAGGGCGCAACAAGGUCAAGUUAACGACUGAGAAGAGUAGCUAAAUGUCUUAAAAGAACUGAAUCAAUAUUUACUAGUAGAUGCAUGCUCAUCUGGUUCGUUCAUUCUUCUGUCUAGUAGCGUGAAAGCUUUAUCUUUUGCAUUGUUACUUCUCAAUGUGAGCAAACAAGUUUUGCUUUAAAGGUCACAGUUACAUAGUUAUGGCCCAGACUUUAAAUCUGACUUUUCCAGGUGGACUUUGGUGGCUCGGGAUAUCAAGUUGUUAAAUUGUUAGAGUGGAAUAUUAUUUAAUAGUACUCCCUUUGUUUGGAAAUAAUUGUCAUUCUCAG